UCAGAUAGAACCCAGAAUUCCAUCAGAAGCCAUAAAAGAGUGUCCGGUUUGGCUCGUCUGUUUACACCCUUGCUUCUUCUGUGUUUGUUUCUCCAUUUUUUACGCUUUCGAAGCCAUUUUUUGAUUUGUUUAGUUUAAAUCGUUUAUAAGCUGCCGUGCGGUGCAUUUAAAAUCCGGUCAUGGCAUCUAGCACAAAUCAGGACAAAGAUGACUGCUUGAAACGCCGAAUGGUGCCCCGGGGUUUGCAGAAACUCAUAGAACAAUGUCUGAAAAUCUAUCCCGACCAGACGAAUCCACUUCAGGUCACAACAGUCCUGAAGUACUGGCUCGGUGGACAAGACCCGCUCGAUUACAUCAGUAUGUAUCACAAUGCGGGCGAUCCGGACAAGAACAUUCCACCGCAUUGGCAUUAUAUCAGCUUUGGGUUGUCGGAUUUGCACGGCGAUGGGCGGGUUCACUUGCCGGACACUAUCGGAGGGCUAGAACCUCGUUCCGGGAUGGGGUUUGAGCUUACGUUCCGAUUGAUCAAACCUGCAAACUGCACCGAUGAAAAGCCGCCCACUUGGCCUGCGAACCUGUUGCAAGCCCUGGCCAAAUAUGUCUUUCAGUCGGGAAACAGGCUUUGUUUUGGUGAUAAUAUACCGUGGCGUAGAUCGCUAGAUGGCAAAGCUUCUAGUAUUCAGCAUAUGCUGAUCGCCGAGGAUCCUCAGAUGUCCCGCACAGAAACCCCUUUCGGGUGGGUUGAUUUCCUGCAGAUUGUGGGCGUAACAAACGAAGAACUGGAACAGGCUUCGCGUUGGAAUGGCAAAGGCAUCCUGAAUCUGCUUCAGAAAGAUCCAACCACCGGAGGCGAUUGGUUGAUCACUGAUAUGGCGAGGUCCAAGAGCGUUUUUGAACUCUUCCCCGAAACGCUCCGUCAGCUGGAACUCGAUCUCGAAAAGGAAGGAUCCGAUUUGGCCGGCGUAAAUGCGGAUUUCACCUUCAAAGAACUGCCCAAGAUGAUCAACAUCAAGAAGGAAAUCCUCGAUCCAGAGGAGGAAAUCACGAAGAGCAUUUCCUCGUGUAACAUCGAGAUCAAGAAAGAAUUCAACGAUGGGCUGGAACAUUCCGGAUCGUCCGAUAUGGUCAACCCAUUCCACCACUCUCAAGUGCCGUCGAGGGUUUCCCCUUUGAACGGGAUCGAACUAACCCUGGCGCCAUACGCUGCCAAGUUCCUGGUUUUGGCCAUCAAAGACAGAAUACGUCACGGUCGACAUUUUACCUUCAAAGCGCAAAACAUGGCCGUCACGUUUGUGGCCGAGUCGGUUACCGGGGCCAUUGUCAAUCGAGAAACGCCCUACGGAGUCCUAGGCUAUUGGGUGCAAAUCCUGAUCCCUAAUUCGCUCAUCCCAAAAAUGUUGGAUGCCUUCAGUGACCUGAAUAAAAGCACGGACAACUUGAAAAUCCCACUCACCUACGAAUGGCCGGAGCAUAAUCUGAAGUUCAUCAUCGACAAUCCACCGCCGGAGUUACUUAAUCAGCAGGGUCCAAUUUUGGCUUGAAGCAGCCGAAAAGUUUUAAAGAGCUAUUUUACUUAUAGGAAAGGAAGCCAAUUUACAAUGGAAUUUUUGUUCCAUUCGAUACGCCACAGAUUUAAGAUUACUCUUCCAUUUUUCUUAAGUAUAUUUUAUAGAUCUGACAAGUAUGAUUUAAUUUUAAUUAGAUGGAAUCUCAAGUGCCUCAAAAUCUAUUCAAUAAAUAUUUCUAAAGAAGAUA